UCCAGAUCUUGAUGAUUCGGUAUGAAAGUGGAAUCAAAUCAUGUCAAGGUCUGGUUUGGAUGCCUUUUGAAUUCAUCUUCGCCUUUCCUAUAAAGGACAUACUGUGAACUGGAGUAAUGCUGAAAAUCUUUUGGCUCACUUCUUAUAGGGAAGACUGAAAAGAGAGAUUAAUGUAGUCUUUAACCGUGAAAACCGAUCACCAGAAUUUAGCUGCAGUGAUGAGUUCAGAGGAGAAAGGUAUAUCUCCUGCUCACAAAACCUCUACACCAUCUCAUAAAAGUGCCUCCUCUUCAUCGUCUUCCCUGCGGGAGAGUAAGCAAAGUGGCCAUGUACUAGAGCGGAAUGUUUCUUCUGGAAGUGCGGACUUCGUAAUCAGCAAGCCGCUACUGGAAAAUGAGCCAGUCAGCAUAUCUAAAGAGCCAGACAGCUGGGAAAUUAUAGAAGGCUUGAAAAUUGGUCAGACUAAUGUUCAGAAGCCAGACAAACAUGAAGGAUUCAUGCUGAAGAAAAGGAAAUGGCCUUUAAAAGGCUGGCACAAGCGUUUUUUUGUCCUGGAUAACGGAAUGCUGAAGUAUUCGAAAUCACCAAUUGAUACUCAAAAGGGAAAGGUCCAUGGGAGCAUAGAUGUUGGCUUAUCUGUUAUGUCAAUUAAAAAGAAAGCUCGCAGGAUUGACCUUGAUACUGAAGAGCACAUCUAUCAUUUGAAAGUGAAAUCACAGGAGUCAUUUGAUGCUUGGGUGUCAAAGCUGCGUCACCACAGAUUAUAUCGUCAGAAUGAGAUUGUACGAUCUCCUCGAGAUGCUAGCUUCCAUAUAUUCCCUCCAGCUUCGACAACGGAGUCUUCACCAGCUGCUAAUGUUGCUUUGCUUGAGGCUAAGAAUAACUACCCAUGGCAGCCACCUAUUCCCAGGAGUAAUAGCCUGCUGCCCUUACCUGCAACAUGCACCACGGGCCAAAGUAAAGUAGUUGCUUGGUUGCAGGACUCGGAGGAGAUGGACAGGUGCGCGGAAGAUCUUGCGCACUGUCAAUCAAACCUUGUGGAACUCAGUAAAAUUCUUCAAAAUUUAGAAAUACUUCAGAGAACUCAGUCAGCUCCAAACUUUACAGAUAUACAGGCCAACUGUGUAGAUAAGAAAGACAAGCGCGUUACAAGGAGGUGGAGAACAAAAAGUGUCAGCAAGGAUACUAAAAUACAGCUUCAGGAAGGGACUGCGCUGAAGGGCCAGUUUGGUACGGCACGGCGCCGGCAGAGACUAGCGGCUGCAGUGGCUACAACAGUUCCUUUCAGUUCUACAAUGUCUCCUGUUCGCCUUCAUUCUUCCAAUCCUAACCUUUGUGCAGACAUCGAAUUCCAGACUCCUCCAAGUCACGUAUCUGAUCCCUUAGAAAGCUCCACAGACUACCUAAAACUUCAGGAAGAAUUUUGCCUCAUGGCACAGAAAGUGCAUUCACUUCUGAAGUCUGCCUUCAACAGCAUUGCGAUAGAGAAGGAAAAGCUUAAGCAGAUGGUUUCAGAACAUGAUUUCACGGGACACAGUACGCAAAUAACACGUCUCAGACAAUCACUUUCUCAGGCUCUCAACCAGAAUGCUGAACUAAGGAGUCGCUUGAACAGAAUACAUACAGAGUCUGUUAUUUGUGAUCAGGUUGUCAGUGUAAAUAUUAUCCCUAGUCCUGAUGAGACAGGUGAACAGAUCCAUGUCAGUCUCCCGCUCUCCCAGCAGGUUUCUCACGAGAGCCGUCUCUCCAUGUCCGAAUCUGUCUCUGAAUUCUUCGAUGCUCAAGAGGUGCUUCUGUCUGCAAGCUCAUCAGAAAAUGAGGCAUCUGAUGAUGAAUCAUACGUCAGUGAUGUGAGCGACAACAUAUCUGAGGACAAUACCAGUGUUGCGGACAAUAUUUCUCGGCAAAUACUUAAUGGUGAACUGACAGGAGGUGCUUUCAGAAAUGGACGAAGGACGUGUCUCCCAGCUCCCUGUCCUGACACGAGCAAUAUCAACCUGUGGAACAUUUUGAGGAACAACAUUGGAAAGGAUCUCUCCAAAGUGUCCAUGCCAGUUGAGCUAAAUGAGCCUCUGAAUACUUUGCAGCACCUUUGUGAAGAACUAGAAUACAGUGAACUCUUGGACAAGGCUGCUGAAUGUGAUGACCCCUAUGAACGCAUGGUCCUUAUUGCUGCCUUUGCCACUUCAGGAUAUGCCUCCACUUAUUACAGAGCUGGAAGCAAGCCUUUUAACCCAGUGCUUGGUGAGACGUACGAGGCUAUUAGGGAAGACAAAGGAUUUCGUUUUUUCUCAGAGCAGGUUAGCCACCACCCUCCCAUUUCUGCCUGUCACUGUGAAUCAAAGAAUUUUGUGUUUUGGCAAGAUAUCAGGUGGAAAAACAAAUUCUGGGGCAAAUCAAUGGAAAUCCUGCCAAUUGGAACUCUCAAUUUGACACUUCCAAGGUAUGGCGACUGCUACGUAUGGAACAAAGUCACUACUUGCAUACAUAACAUUCUCAGUGGAAGGAGAUGGAUAGAACAUUAUGGAGAAAUAACCAUCAGAAAUACAAAAAGCAGUGUCUGUAUUUGUAAACUCACAUUUGUUAAGGUAAAUUACUGGAAUUCUAAUGUCAAUGAAGUUCAGGGGGUCAUCAUGGAUCAAGAAGGGAAAGUGGUGCAUCGUCUGUUUGGAAAGUGGCACGAAGGACUGUAUUGUGGAGUUGGACCUUCAGCAAAAUGUAUAUGGAGACCAGGCUCCAUGCCAACCAACUAUGAGCGUUAUUAUGGCUUUACAAGGUUUGCCAUUGAGCUGAAUGAGUUGGAUCCUGCCCUGAAAGAUCUUCUCCCAAGAACAGAUGCCCGAUUCAGGCCAGAUCAAAGGCUUUUGGAAGAAGGGAAUAUAGAAGCAGCAGCAGCAGAAAAACAAAGAAUAGAAGAACUUCAGAGAAGUCGGAGACGCUACUUAGAAGAAAACAAUAUGGAACAUGUACCAAAAUUUUUUAAAAAAGUUUUCGAUGCCAAUCAAAGAGAAGUUUGGGUUUCCAACGACAUGUAUUGGGAACUCCGAAAGGAUCCUGGCUUUAGUAAAAUAGAAACCCUCAAACUCUGAUGGGAAGAUUGAGGUCUUCUUUGCUCUGAGCCUUUUCCCUCUCCUGCAAGCUUCAGCAAAAUCUCAAGAAGACAUAGUCUGUAUUAUUUGUUUCUUUGUUCAAAUGCUGCUCAUUUCACCGGAAGACACUGCAUUACACUAUGUAACAGUCACGUUCCCCGUCUGACCUGUGUUAUAUCAUGUGUUCCCGUUUUUCAGCAGACUUCUCCCUCUCUUCUCUUAAUGAUACCAGUGCCGCCAGCCACACGCCAGUCAGAAAAUCACCAAAUUUCAGUGGCAGAUGGAGAGGGUUCUGCAGAUCUGUAGGAAAACAGACACCUAGACCUGGAAAAGGUUGGGUUUACGUGAACCCAGGUCUUGUACCAUGCACGAAUUUCCCCACACACACACACCUCAUUCUUGGCAGUACAGUACUCGGCAUGCAGUUGUCACCAUUGCUAGAUCGAAGCCUAGUGUGCUGGCAAAUGUUGAUUUAAAACCUGCUUUUUUAAAGGUCUGGCAGUGCUGUCCUGCUGAGUGUUCGAAAUGGGAUGACGGGGUCCCCAAGCUAUUGCAGGUUAAUUUUAUAGCUUAAAAGGUGUUUGCAAAUACAAAACACUGCUUUUGGGCUGUGCUUGACGUUGUGUAAAGGUGAUGAGUGAGUAAGGACCGUGACCAACAGUUCACAUUUUCAAGAGUAAUAAAUUUCUUCUCAGUCGUUUCUAUGUUUCUGAAAGUGGUGCCAAUUUCAAGACGGAGAGUACAAUAUUGUUUUCCCUGUAGUAUGUGAGAAUUUGAGUGCAGCCAACGACUUAAAAAGCACAGAUGGUUUCAUACUUAAUUUUACAAAAGUGAAUUGUAGCCCCCCCAAAAAAAAAAUUGUUGAGCAUUUUCAGUUUCCAAAUUACCACUGAGUGGCUUUCCUGCAAAAUAACCAUCAUUGUCAAGGUUCUAGUUGUUGUUUAGCCUAUCUACCAGGAAACUCUUGGGGAAGGAAAGGUAUAAAUGAUAUACCUUAAGGACAGUAGUUGAGUUCAGUUUUGAGAUUAUGCUUAGUCUUAUAGAAGAAUCAGCAUCAUCAAAUAAUGUACCUCAUUUUGUGCAAGUAUUUUGUUUUUGUUCUAAGAGAAAAGGUACAGCUCAAGAACCCUGAUGAAAGUUGAAUUGUCUUGUAAUCUAAGCAAAACGCCUGAGCGCAAUCCAGUAACUGUGCAUUUGAAGUUUAACAAGCUUAGAGAGCAGUGGAAUGGGACACGGACUGUGUCCCACCAGUCCCAUAACAGUUAGUCUCAAUUUGCUGCAUUGUGCCCUGUGGCCAUGAUUGAAUUCAAGAUGGAAGCGAAUGUGUGUGAACCUGAAAGAUCAAUUAUUCCGUUUCCACUGCCAAAGAAACAAGCCAAUGUUCACUUGAGAAAUUAUUUCCCCUCUCCUUCUUUGUCAGUGGGAGCUCCUGAGGCAGAAAACAAAAAGGCACUGGCAAUGUGUAGUUCAUUUCAACAUGUGUGUAUCACUUACUUGGGCUGUGUAUUAAGUUGUGCUACCAAACAGCAGGAGAAUUGUGCCUCUUCAAAUGAAUGUUGUACAGAGGAAUGUUCCAUUUGUAAGAAAAGAGAUCUGAAUAAAUU